GGAAACGAGGAUUUUCGUCUCUUUUCGGGAUCACAUCAUUGAUCGGAUGGUUUACAGGGAAAAUUGUUGACAUUGAAGUGAAAUCGAAAUACUGUAAAGCUUGCGAGCACUGGAAAAAUAAAUUAGAUACUGCUGAGUAUGAAGAAUGGCUCGAAACUCAUGCCGAUCAAUGUCAGUCGAACCAUGAAGGCUCAUCGGGUAAAAUGGAGGUAGAUGCUGUCAUCGAGAUGUUUCAACGUUCCGAAGCUUUACACGGACUUAAAUACGCAAAUUAUAUAGGUGAUGGUGACAGUAAAACUUUCAAGGGGAUAUUGGAUGCAAAACCGUAUGAAAAUUUUGAAGUGUCAAAAAAAGAAUGUAUUGAUCAUGUACAAAAACGAAUGGGCACUCGGUUGAGAAAUUUGAGAAAAAAAACAAAAAAUCUUGGAGGAAAAGGAAAAUUAACUAUGAAAUUAAUUGAUCAGUUAACAAUUUAUUAUGGCUUGGCCAUUCGACGGAAUUCAAACUCGUUGGAAAAUAUGAGAAAUGAAAUCUGGGCGACAUUAUUUCAUAAAAUGUCAACUGACGAAAAUCCACAGCACGAAAAAUGCUCAGAGUCUUGGUGCGAAUGGAAGAAGGCGCAAGCAACGGGUUCCUUAGACUCCUUUCAUCAUAAGCCGGCACUAUCGAACGAAGUUUUUGAAGCCAUCAGACCAAUCUACGAGGAUUUGAGCCGUGACGAGUUGCUGAAUCGUUGCUUGGGAGGCUAUACGCAGAACAGCAACGAAAGUUUUAAUUCUACAGUCUGGCACUUGGCUCCUAAAAAUUAUUCAAGCGGAAAGAAAAUAUUACAAAUAGCAAGUGACAUUGCUGUUUGUAAUUUUAAUGAUGGACUGAUAAACGUUUUAAGAAUAAUGAAAGUGAUGGUCAUGAACAUUGGACCACAAUCCUACAACUUUUACUUAGAGACGGACGCUGCUCGAAUACAACGCGCGGACCGCUCUUUGACGGACGCAGCGAAAGAGGCUCGCUCCAGCAUAAAAGCGUCCAGGAAAGAAAACGAGGAGGAGUUUAGCAACCUGGAAGGUCAGCUUUACGGUGCUGGAAUAGCAGAUUAAAGAUUAAUUUUUGCUGCACUUCUACUGCGUGCCGCGGAGCCCCUCCAAAAAAAACCGUUCCGCAGAAACGGCUGUUGGGCAGCCA